CACAAAAAAAAGAAAAAGAAAAAGAAAAAAAGAAACCGAGCACAAAAAUGAAGAAAGAAAUCUGUAGUAGUGAACUGAGCAGGUCAUUGAAAAUGGAGUGAGUCACUGAAAAAAAAUAAGAGAUAGCUUGGAGAGUGGUUGUGUGCAUGAGUGGAGAAGAAUGAAGGGGUCAAUACAAGGACUGCACUGAUCAUUUUACUUGGACAAGUGCUAUUGUAGCUGGAUUUGAUGGCGAAUUCUGCUGUGAUCCUUUUAUACAGAGCUAUCUUUGUAUUUUAGAGUAUACUUAUAUAUAUUGGUUAUACGUGGGAAAAAGUAGAAGAACUGACUUCUUCAUCUGAAUUGUUGGAUACACUUCGUACAUAGUGAAGAAUGGAGACUUUAGCCCAGCUGGAAGCAAUGUGCGAGAGGCUUUAUAACUCGCAGGAUUCUGUUGAAAGAGCACAAGCGGAAAGCACACUGAAAUGCUUUUCCUUGAACAGUGACUACAUUUCGCAGUGCCAAUAUGUUCUGGAUAAUGCAUCCUCUCCGUAUGCAUUGAUGUUGGCAAGUUCGAGCUUGUUGAAGCAAGUGACUGAGCAAAGCCUUCCGUUACAGCUCCGGAUUGAUAUUCGAAACUACCUCAUAAAUUAUCUGGCAAGCAAAGGACCAGAACUGGAGCCCUUUGUUCUUGGAUCCUUGAUCCAACUCUUUUGUCGCAUUACAAAGUUUGGUUGGCUUGAUGAUGACAAAUUCAGGGAAGUUGUUAAGGAGGCAAUGAACUUCUUGAGUCAGCAGGCACAACAUCACUAUGCUAUAGGUUUGAGGAUAUUGUAUCAGUUAGUUUCUGAGAUAAAUCAGCACAAUCCUGGAUUACCUGCUGCUAGGCAACGGAGGAUAGCUAGCUCUUUCAGGGAUCACUCACUUUUUCAGAUAUUCUCGAUAUCAUUAACUUCUCUCUUCCAGUUAAAAUCUGAUGUUGGGAACAAGUUGCAGGAACUUUCUCUUAUGCUUUCUCUCAGUUGUUUAUCAUUUGAUUUUAUGGGGACAUCAUAUGAUGAAAGUUCAGAUGAAAUUGGUACUGUUCAGGUUCCAUCGGGAUGGAAGCCUGCCCUAGAGGAUUCCUCAACACUGCAAAUAUUUUUUGAUUAUUAUGCAUUGAAUCAAGUUUUUUCAAAAGAGGCUCUGGAAUGCCUGUUGCGUCUUGCUUCUAUUAGACGAUCAUUAUUUCCCAAUGAUACUGCUCGAAUUAAGUUCCUGUCACACUUGAUGCGAGGCACCAAAGAAAUUCUGCAAACUGGAAUAGGUCUUUCUGAUCAUGAUAAUUAUCAUGGCUUUUGUCGACUUCUUGGACGCUUCAAACUCAAUUAUCAGUUAUCUGAACUUGUGAAUGCUGAAGGCUAUAGUGAAUGGAUACACUUAGUAGCAGAGUUUACGCUAAAAUCUUUGCAUUCUUGGAAGUGGGCUGGAAGCAGUGUUUACUAUCUUCUAAAUUUAUGGUCUAGAUCUGUGGCAUCUGUGCGGUAUCUCAAGGGUGACAAACCUAAUCUGUUAGAUGAAUAUGUGCCUAAAGUUAUAGAAGGGUUUGUAUCAUCAAGGUUUGAUUCAUUGCAGAGUGAACUUUCAGAUGAACUUGGUGAAAAUCCUCUAGACAACGUAGAAGUGCUUCAAGAACAGCUUGAAUUUUUUCCUUUCCUCUGUAGAUUUCAGUAUGAAAGUUGCAGUUCUUAUCUGAUGAAGAUAGUGGAGCCUAUCAUGAAAAGCUAUAUGAAGGAAGUAAAUCUCCAAAGCCAAGUUGAUAGUUUUGAAUUGUCUGUAACCGAAUCCAAACUUGCAUGGUUCACACACAUAGUUGCUGCAAUUCUCAGAACAAAGCAGAUUUCUGGUUCUAGUGAAGAAUCACAUGAGAUACUUGAUGCGGAGAUUUCGGCUUGUGUUCUGCAGUUGAUUAAUAUUUCUGAUAGUGGGUUUCACAGCAAGGUAUGUCCUUUUGUAUCAAUAUGAGGGUAACAUUGUUAUAUCUUAUUCUAAAAUGUGUGCAUGGUCUGCUAUUGAUAAGUUUUUUUUUUGGUCCAGUGUUUUUGAUUAUUUAUGAACUUUGACAUCAUCUUUGCAUAUAUUUGGCUGGUUCUGGUUUGUCAUUUAAGAUUUUGCCUGUUCUGCUUGCUAUAUGAUAUUUCAAGGAUAAUUUGGUGGGAUUAUUCAAUAUAAAAUUAUUUUCUCUUUACACUAAUCAUUUCUCACAUCAAACCACAAAUGACAAUUUGAUUCUUUUUCACUAUGUUUACCAUUCAUUUAGAUGCUAUUAUCGUACUUUUGGCCAUGAUGGUCAAAUCUUAAUAAACUUAUAGAGACAAAAACACCCCCCUUUGUUGUAUUGAAACAUUUGAUUCAACUCCUCCUUCUACUUUGUGAAAUAUGCAUUUAGACGACAACGGAGACUCACCUCAAAGAUGAAUCUAGGUCAUUUUUUAAGUGGAUGAUUUUGUCAUUAAGGCAAUGUUUAUUAAAACAAAAAAAAAUGUAUUUAAUUACUAAAGAAAAAUUACAGAAAGAGAGUGAAUCUCUUUACGAAGCUCAUAUAUGUAUUGGUAAGAGGAGCACAUCAAAGGAAAACCAGUUGUAGCAAGCAACUGUACAAACUAAAAACAGAGGAAAUAACCUCACCGACAAUGUUUGCCUAACUCAGUGCUCCUCUCUGUAGCUCCUUGGUGGACUCUAGUACUUCCUAAAGAAACUGUAUAGGAGAUCUCCUUAGUACGUCAUGGUUAUU